CGUCAAAGCUUUCAAGAUCAGUGCAUUAGUUAUCGUGAGCGAAAGAUACUUCAAAAAUUGUCUUUUUAAAGAAGAAAAUUAUUUAUAUAAUUUUUAAACUCUGUUUUCUUUCAUCUCUCUCUUCCUCUCGUAUAUCAAGGGUACGACGUACGAGAGGUGCAAGAUGCUCUCUUGGCAAAAUUUAUCCGUUUAUGCAAUGGAUCGAAACCGACGCACCAUAAGCAAGCAGCUCAUCAGUAACGUUCGAGGUAUCGUACGGCCUGGCGAGCUAACUGCGAUUUUAGGAGGCAGCGGUGCUGGGAAGAGCUCGCUGAUGACGGCGCUGGCAUGUCGCACAGGAUCCGACGUCGUCGUGCACGGCGAUGUUCGCGUUGACGGUGCAUCGGCUACCUCGUCAUACAUGAGACGUCACAGUGGCUUCAUGUAUCAGGAAGACAUGUUUAUCGAGACGAUGACAGUGCUCGAGCAUAUCUGGUUUAUGGCUAGAAUGAAACUAGACGGAAGAAUGCACGUGUCUAGCAUUCGACUGAAGAUCGAUCGUUUGCUGAGGGACGUGGGUCUAACGGAGAGACGCGAUAUUCGCAUCGGCGGCAGUGACGACGGCAAAGUCCUCUCGGGUGGGGAAAAGAAGAGAUUAGCCUUUGCUACUGAACUGUUGACGGAUCCUGAAGUACUGUUCUUAGACGAACCGACGACGGGACAGGAUGCGCAUUCGGCGGGCGUCAUCGUCUCGCACAUGAUGUCUUUUGCGUCGAGAAAUCGCACGAUCUUGUGUACUAUACAUCAACCGAGUUCCGUCAUCUUUGACAGCUUUCAUCGUAUAAUCCUUCUAGCCGGCGGUAGAGUGGCAUUCGCUGGUACCGCUACGCAAGCGAUACAAUUUUUUUCCAACCAAGGCUUCGAGUGUCCACGCAAUUAUAACCCGGCCGAUUUCCUGGUAGCGACUCUAGCAAUCGCUUCCGGCGACGCGGACGGUAGCGGAAGAAUUGAGCAGAAAAUUUGCGAUGCGUAUCUCACGAGCGGAGUGUGCAACGAGAUCGACGUUACGCUGCAACGGGAGAUCGAUACCAUUCGAUUGCGACCCACCAAGAGAGAUAUUUGCGAAUCACGCUCCUUCAAGGAAUCGCGCUGCUGGCUUCAGCUUUACUGGCUAAUUCAUCGCGGAUUUCUGCAAGUUCUGCGGGAUCCUUCAGUACAAUUUAUUAGGAUACUGCAAAAAAUCAGCGUCGCGACGGUUGCCGGCCUGUGCUUCAUCGGCGCCAUCGACUUCGAUCAAUUGGGCAUACAAGCCGUGGAAGGUGUCAUAUAUCUCUUGGUGUGCGAAAACACGUUCUCUCCCAUGUAUGCGAUCUUGGCGUUGAUCCCGCAGGAGUUCCCGCUUCUGGUUCGCGAAUACAAGGCGGGCAUGUAUCCCGUUCAUCUUUAUUAUGUGGCGCGAAUGAUAUCAUUGAUACCGGGUCUGUUAGUGGAACCGAUGCUGUUCGCCACGAUAAUAUACUGGCUCGCGGGACUGCGUCCCACGAUGGACGCUUUCGGCUCGACUAUUCUGGUGGUUAUAUUCACGAUGAAUAUAUCUAUCGCUUGCGGAUGCUUCUUCUCGGCCGUCUACGAAAGCGUGCCACUGGCAAUGGCCUAUCUGGUACCCUUCGAUUACAUUCUCAUGAUAACCAUGGGCCCUUUUAUCAGACUUAGCUCAUUACCCGUGUACAUGCGAUGGGUAAGAUAUUUCUCCUGGUUGCUGCACUCGACGGAAGCUCUCACCAUUGUCCAAUGGAAAGGCGUGCACAAUAUAUCCUGCGAAACAGUCGAGCUACCCUGCCUCACCGAAGGAACCGAGGUACUGGACCGCUACGAUUUCGACGAGCGCAACUUUUGGCCCGACAUCAUAAUCAUGGCUGUCAUUUACGUCGUCUUCCAUCUAUUGGCCUAUGUCUUUUUGUGGAAACGAUGUAAAUCGAAAUAAAUGGAUCGCGAGCGAGCAUUAGAGAAAAGGUGACUGAAAAACGACGUACAACUUUAUUACUGACUUCUGACUUUUCCCCGUGAUCACUCAAGAUUGGAAAGUGUGUCCUAAUCAGGAUUUUUGUCGCGUAAUUUUUCGAUUAAAAAUUAUAAGCAAAAAUUUACGAAAAAUUACAUCGAAAUUUGUAACGGACAUUAAUUUAUAACAUUUGUAAAAGAAUCAUACACACACAUACACACACAUACUAUCGAGGAAAUAAAAGAAGAACGAGCAAUGUGUCUAUUAAAAAAUAAUAAAAAUGAUAAAUAAUUUAUUCUUUCCCCCGCGAAUACCGAUCAUCCCACGCACGAUUGGAGAGUUAUGAAAGUGAAGUAAUAAAAGAAAUAUCGGCCGAUCAUCCCCCACACGCCAUACACGUCGCCUCGCCAUUUUGUCGGCGAGUGAUACCGUGCGCAAUGGACCAUACUGCGAUAUGACUAUUUUAUUGCGCGUUCUCAAUCCAAAUCAUAUUUAAAUUGUCGAAAAGUCGAACGAUAAAACAUCGGAUGAAAAAAAUAUAUUUGAUUUUAAGUAUUAUUAAAGAAAUAUUGUUUGCGAAGAUCGCG